AACGAGGAUGUGCUGACUGAGAAGUGAAUUGGAGCUGUCCAUUUUCGAUAUUCUCAUCCUCCACCACCUUUCGUCCUCCGGUCCCUCUACAUGUCCUCUGCGCUCCGCCGCCCUGUCGUCCUCCGCCAUUCUUGUCGAUAUUCCGCCGUCUCCGCGCCCACGCGCUCAUUCAUUACUCAACGCGGGUCCCACACUUCAUCUUACGCAUGCAAACUAACGACACAGCCACCUACAUCCUCGUCGCCUAAACACAGCGCGGUCAGUUUGACCAAUCUCGCCAUCGCUGGCAUCAUCUCUGUGGGAGUUGCAUAUAUCGGCAUACAAUACUCGCAAUCAUCAUCUUCGUCUACAUCAGUAUCGGACGAGGCCCCAAGCGCGGGCUCAAUCGAUACAGACAUGGCGCCGUACGGAGAUGCGCCCGGAAGACCCGGAAAUCUGACGGCUGAACAAGAGACGAAGCUCAAAGAGAUGUGGAUUGCCCUUUCUGACAUUGCGGGAAUUGAGCACGCGACCAACGGCACAACGCCCGCCCCACCACGAACGUCCACAGAAGUCAAGCCAGAGGUGGAGGAUACCAAGAAAAAAUCGAGAUUCUCCUCAUGGCGCAGCAGCAAGAAGGACAAGGCGGAUGAGGCAGAGGGUGUGACCAACGACAAGCACGGCCAGACGAAAGAGUACGAGCAAGCGCUGAAAUCCCUCGCGCCCGAGCAGAUCCGCGCUGCGUUAUGGUCCUUCUCCAAACACGAUGAUCCCGACGCACUUCUUCUUCGUUUCCUGCGAGCUCGUAAAUGGGACGUUCAGGCAGCUCUCAUCAUGCUCAUCUCGACAAUGCACUGGCGUCUCGUGGAAAUGCAUGUGGAUGACGACAUCAUGAUCAAGGGUGAAGGCCACGCUUUGCGCGAGAGCCAGAGCUCAAAUGCUGCCGAGAAGAAAGAGGGAGAGGAUUUUCUGGCGCAGUUGAGGAUGGGCAAGAGCUUCUUACACGGGACCGACAAGGAUGGGAGACCGUGCUGUUACGUGAGGGUCCGGCUGCAUCGCCAGGGUGAGCAGAGCGAGAAGAGUCUGGAGAGAUAUACCGUGUACACGAUAGAGACUGCGCGGAUGUUGCUCCGACCUCCAGUCGACACUGCGACCAUCGUCUUUGACAUGACAGACUUCUCCAUGGCCAACAUGGACUACACUCCUGUCAAAUUCAUGAUCAAGUGCUUCGAAGCAAACUACCCCGAAUCCCUCGGUAGCGUCGUCGUGUACAAAUCUCCCUGGAUCUUCCAAGGCAUCUGGAAGAUCAUCCGCGGCUGGCUUGAUCCCGUCGUGGCAUCAAAAGUCCACUUCGCCUCAAACGUCAACGAACUUGAAGAAUUUAUCCCCAGAGACCGCAUUAUGAAGGAACUUGGCGGCGAUGAAGACUACACUUACAGCUACCCGGAGCCUCAACCUAACGAGGACACUCAGAUCGAAGACACUGCCACUCGUGAUAAACUCCUAGCCGAAAGACAGGAACUGGUGAAAUCUUACGAGCAGGAAACUCAAGCAUGGAUACAUAAUGAAGAUAAAGGCGAAGGUCGACCACGGAUAGCACAACGCCUUGCGGAAAACUAUUGGAAACUGGAUCCGUUCCUGCGAGCGAGGAGUAUGUACGAUCGCUCUGGAGUGCUGCAACCUGGUGGAAAGAUCGACUUCUAUCCUAGUAAAGCGUCGCCUGCGGGGACUGGUGGUGGCGACGAUGAUGUGGAUUAGGUCUACGGAAGGUGAACAAUGAUGAUGGGAUGAGUAACUGGGGAUGGAGGCGGGUUUUGACUUGGAUAUACCCCCUGGUUGUGAUGUCGAGAUGCCUGAGCAAAGGACAGAAUUAAGGUAUUGGUAAAGUGCCGAUGAAGAUGCUUAAUUCGCGCUAAGUAGCAUCUGAGAUGAAGGUGAUUUCUCGUUCAACUGCAUUGGAGAUAGGCAUGCGGUAAAACGAUUGUACAGCCUUGAAAAGAUCAAAAC